UGUGCUUCUCUGAUGCGAACUCGAUUCCUCAACGUCGACUUCUUCCGUCCCUCUCCAAACCAAACCCUAGAAAACAUCUCCAUCUUCCGCCUUCCGAUCCCUCAUCUACCUGCUCCAAUUUUCCCUUCCGAGACUGAAAUCUCCUCCUUCGAUCUCAUUUCCUGCAACUCCUCCGAAGUUGACCAGCUUCCUUUUGAAAACGCUCUCUCUCAGUUCCUCUACGCCGUUCUCCCUUCGAACUGCGAUGAAUUUCAUGUAAUUCGAUCUCUGAACGAGGUGAAACAGAGGAAUUUCGAAUCCGGAGCUAGUUUGAUUGAAAUUCCAGAGAAGGACGAUGUCUGCUCCAUUAUUGAAGAGAAUGAGGAAAAAUGCAGGAAUUUCAGAUCUGAAUCUCCGGAGCUUGAGAUUAUUGAGGGAAAUGCCUACUCUUUCGUCGAAAAGAAUGGCAGAAAACAGAGGAAUUUCAGAUCAGAAUCUCCAGAAAUUGAAAUCGUGGAGGUAAAACGUGAUUUCUAG